UAUCCUUGUGAUUUACUUCCUUGUAUUUCUCUCUCCCAGGUGUACCACCAGCCCUGAGACAUGUCCUGCUACACCCAGUGUGUGCCAUGCCGGCCCUGUGGCCCAACUCCUCUGGCCAGCAGCUGCAAUGAGCCCUGUGUCAGGCAGUGCCAGAACUCCAAUGUUGUCGUUGAGCCCUCUCCUGUGGUGGUGACCCUGCCCGGACCCAUCCUCAGCUCCUUCCCACAGAACACCGUCGUGGGAUCCUCCACCUCCGCUGCUGUUGGCAGCAUCCUCAGUUCUGAGGGUGUGCCCAUCACCUCGGGGGGCUUUGACUUGUCUGGCUUCGGCAGCCGCUACUGUGGCAGAAGGUACCCGCCCUGCUAA